GUCUGAACCGGUUUCAACCGGUUAUGAGUUUGUUGCUUGUGAGGAGAAGAAGCAGAAGAAGGCACAGACUCACACGCUGUCUAUCUCUUUCAGUCUCUCUGUCUUCUAUAAAAAAAAAUAAUAAGUAAAAAAAAAAGAUACGAUUUGUUGUUCAAGGUGAAGUUUAUGUCGUACAAUGACUCGGGUUGAGGAGGUACCGUAAGCUUUGCCGUGAUUGUAAGUGCGCUGCAGUGGUCCUUAUCAGAAAGCAAACUAGCUGAAGCUAGCAUAACGCUGUUAGCGUUUACUCAUCCCAGGAGAAGGCAGGGCUAGUCAGCGUACUUCUCAUUCAUCCAGCGCUAACCUUACUGGAGCUAGGUGAGGUGACAUAAGGGGGAUUUUUUAGCAACUCUGGCAGACCUUUCUUUCAAAGGCUUGGACUAUCGAGCUCUAUGCCAGCAGUUAUGACAAUGUUAGCCGACCACGCAGCCAGACAGCUGCUGGACUUCAACCAGAAACUGGACAUUAAUCUCCUGGAUAAUGUCGUUAACUGCUUGUACCAUGGCGUGGGACCGCAGCAAAGAAUGGCCCAGGAGGUCCUUACACAUUUAAAGGAGCACCCAGAUGCGUGGACUCGAGUGGACACCAUCCUGGAAUUCUCUCAGAACAUGAAUACCAAAUACUAUGCUCUGCAGAUUCUGGAAACAGUUAUAAAAACAAGAUGGAAGAUUCUGCCCAGAAACCAGUGUGAAGGAAUUAAAAAAUACGUUGUGGGCCUCAUUAUCAAGACGUCUUCUGAUGCAGCAAGUGUGGAGAAGGAGAAGGUGUACAUUGGAAAACUUAACAUGAUUUUAGUUCAGAUCUUAAAGCAGGAGUGGCCUAAGCACUGGCCCACGUUUAUCAGCGACAUUGUAGGAGCAAGCCGUACCAGCGAGAGCCUCUGCCAGAACAACAUGAUCAUCCUGAAGCUGCUCAGUGAAGAGGUGUUCGAUUUCUCCAGUGGACAGAUGACCCAGGUUAAAGCCAAGCAUCUCAAGGACAGCAUGUGUAAUGAGUUCUCGCAGAUCUUUCAGCUCUGCCAGUUCGUGAUGGAAAACUCCCAGAAUGCUCCUUUGGUGCACGCCACCUUGGAAACACUGCUUCGUUUUUUAAAUUGGAUCCCACUGGGCUAUAUCUUCGAGACCAAACUCAUCAGCACUCUCGUGUACAAGUUCCUCAACGUUCCAAUGUUUCGGAAUGUGACACUCAAGUGUCUGACUGAGAUCGCCGGUGUGAGUGUGAGCCAGUAUGAGGAGCAAUUUGUCACACUGUUCACGCUCACCAUGAUGCAGCUCAAACAGAUGCUGCCUCUGAACACGAACAUCCGUCUGGCCUACGCCAACGGGAAGGAUGACGAGCAGAACUUCAUUCAGAACCUCAGCCUGUUUCUCUGCACCUUCCUCAAAGAGCACGGCCAGCUCAUAGAGAAAAGGCUCAACCUGCGCGAGACCCUUAUGGAGGCUCUGCACUACAUGCUGCUGGUGUCCGAGGUGGAGGAGACCGAGAUCUUUAAGAUUUGUCUGGAGUACUGGAACCACCUGGCAGCCGAGCUGUACAGAGAGAGUCCAUUCAGCACCUCCACUUCCCCACUGCUCUCUGGCAGCCAGCACUUUGAUGUUCCACCACGCAGGCAGCUCUAUCUACCUGUACUCUCCAAGGUGCGUCUGCUGAUGGUGAGCCGCAUGGCAAAGCCGGAGGAGGUGCUGGUGGUGGAAAACGACCAGGGUGAGGUAGUGCGAGAGUUUAUGAAGGACACAGACUCUAUCAACCUGUACAAGAACAUGAGAGAGACGCUUGUGUAUUUGACCCAUUUGGACUACGCAGACACAGAGCGGAUCAUGACAGAAAAACUUCAUAACCAGGUGAACGGGACAGAGUGGUCCUGGAAAAACCUGAACACACUGUGCUGGGCCAUCGGCUCCAUCAGCGGAGCCAUGCACGAGGAGGACGAGAAGCGAUUCCUUGUCACUGUCAUCAAGGACUUGCUGGGGUUGUGCGAGCAGAAGCGAGGAAAGGAUAAUAAAGCCAUCAUUGCCUCAAAUAUUAUGUACAUCGUAGGCCAGUACCCACGAUUCCUGCGCGCACAUUGGAAGUUCCUCAAGACUGUUGUUAACAAACUGUUUGAGUUCAUGCAUGAAACCCAUGACGGUGUGCAGGACAUGGCGUGUGACACGUUCAUUAAAAUUGCACAGAAGUGCAGGAGGCAUUUUGUGCAGGUGCAGGUUGGCGAAGUCAUGCCCUUCAUUGAUGAGAUACUCAACAAUAUCAACACCAUUAUCUGUGAUUUGCAGCCACAGCAGGUGCAUACGUUUUAUGAAGCAGUGGGUUACAUGAUUGGCGCUCAGACGGAUCAGGCUGUACAAGAGCAUCUGAUAGAGAAGUACAUGCUGCUACCAAACCAGGUGUGGGACAGCAUCAUCCAACAAGCCACUAAGAAUGUUGAUAUCCUGAAGGACCCAGAGACUGUGAAACAGCUUGGAAGCAUCUUAAAGACCAACGUAAGGGCAUGCAAGGCAGUGGGUCACCCAUUCGUAAUUCAGCUAGGACGCAUCUAUCUGGAUAUGCUUAAUGUCUACAAGUGCCUCAGUGAGAACAUCUCUGCAGCUAUCCAGACCAAUGGUGAGAUGGUGACCAAACAGCCUCUAAUCAGGAGCAUGCGCACGGUAAAGAGAGAAACUCUUAAACUCAUCUCAGGCUGGGUCAGUCGCUCCAAUGACCCACAGAUGGUCGGGGAGAACUUUGUUCCACCUUUGCUGGACGCCGUCCUGAUAGAUUACCAACGGAACGUUCCGGCAGCCAGGGAGCCGGAAGUGCUCAGCACCAUGGCGACCAUCGUGAACAAACUGGGCGGUCACAUCACAAACGAGAUUCCACAGAUCUUUGACGCCGUGUUUGAAUGCACACUGAACAUGAUCAACAAAGAUUUUGAGGAGUAUCCAGAGCACCGCACACAUUUCUUCUACCUGCUGCAGGCGGUGAAUUCCCACUGCUUUCCCGCGUUCCUCGCAAUUCCCCCGGCACAGUUCAAACUGGUACUGGACUCCAUCAUCUGGGCCUUUAAGCACACCAUGAGAAACGUAGCCGACACUGGUCUGCAGAUUCUCUACACGUUGCUCCAGAACGUGGCCCAGGAGGAGGCAGCAGCACAGAGCUUCUACCAGACAUACUUCUGCGACAUACUCCAACACAUCUUCUCCGUAGUUACGGACACAUCACACACAGCCGGUCUCACGAUGCAUGCAUCCAUCCUGGCUUACAUGUUUAAUUUAGUAGAGGAGGGUAAGAUAAGUAUGACCUUGAACCCUGCGAGCCCUAUGAGCAAUCAGGCUUUCAUUCAGGAGUACGUGGCCAACUUGCUUAAGACGGCUUUCCCUCAUCUGCAGGAUGCACAGGUAAAGGUGUUUGUGACGGGGUUAUUCAGUCUAAACCAGGACAUCCCUGCAUUUAAAGAGCAUUUAAGAGACUUCCUGGUACAGAUUAAGGAGUUUGCAGGUGAGGACACUACAGAUUUGUUUCUUGAGGAACGCGAGGCAUCUUUGCGCCAGGCCCAGGAGGAGAAGCACAAGCUGCAGAUGUCCGUCCCUGGAAUCCUCAACCCUCACGAGAUCCCUGAGGAGAUGUGUGAUUGAACACACACACACACUAGCACUGUGUGUAUGUACACAAACGCGCAUCGUGCUGGCGCAUUAAUGCGUUUAAACACAUCGUUAAAGACGAGUGUCCAGGUUGUGUGUGUGUGUGUGUACGAGAGAGAGUGUGUGUGAGUGAGAGUUGAUCGCGUCUGAGAGUGUGUUUUUUCUCUACGGAGGCGAUAUCUGCACUUGGCUGUCUUUUGACCAAAUCAAUGCCAAUCUGUAAAAUGAUCCAGUCACCCAGUGGCCCUUUUUACAUAACCUGCGUUUUAUAUGGACACUUUUUUUUUUUUUUUCUUCUUUUUCUUUUUUUUCUUUUUGUUGUGUGUAAUACCUCUACAUAAUUAACUCAAGUUUGUUUGGUCAGUUAACCUCAACGCUGCAUGGAGUUUUCUAUCAAAGCUACACUUUUUAACUUGCGCUCUCUCUUUCUCUCUCUCUCUCUCUCUCUUCUCUGCUUACACAUCAUGUAUUAGUUUAUAUAUUAAACUGGGAGUGCAGGUUUUUUUUUUUUGGUUUGUUUUUGUCUUGCAGUAAGCCACGUGCUAAAGCAGCGAGAUGAGGAAUCUUAUAUUUUGGCCGCUUAGGAGAUUAGAUCUUUGCUUCAUAUGCUAAAAUGACGGUGUUGCAGAGAAAUUUGAUAAAACAUACUAAGAGUAUGUAAAGCUCUUACUAUAAUACAGUUAGAAAAUGUUUUUCUUUCAGUCAAACUGAUUGCCUCCUUAAUAAUAACAGUUAAAUGUAAACCGAAACCUACAGUUUGGUCAAUUGACCAUAGGGGAAAAAAAACUAUUACAUUUAUUUGACUGUUUAAAUAUGAUUUGUGACCCCGUCCUGUAAAGUCCAACUCGGGCCCAAAGGUUAAAUUAAACGGUUACUGAUCGAGUCCAAAAUGAGCUCGGCUCACCUGUCCCAACUUCCUACUACAUAAGAUUCCUCAUCACUCUUUUGCAUGUGUGUUUAAGUAAAAAAAAAAAAAAAAAAGAAACAAGCUGUGAGGAUCUGCGUUACCUGCAGAAGAAUGUCAAAGUUUGUAAGUGAAUCCGAAAACAAAGUGAUGAAGGUCUGUCGGACGCUGCUCCAUCCCGGCGGCACUAGCUUUCUGUCAAGAUCUGGUUAGCAUUCUUGCUGUCCAGUGGCUUUAUAUUAUAAUGGAUGCAUCAUCACUAUCGAAUAGCAGCUUUAUUACCAUGGGAACACUUGGAUGUUUCUUCCUAUUAGGUUUUUUUUUUUUUUUUUUUUGAUUCUGUGUGUGAGUGCGAUUGUGCGCGUGCAGUUGUGUGUGGAUGUGCUGUCGCUUAGCCGACAUCAGGUUUUUUUCGUUUUCCUCAAUGAGGAUGGUGGCUCCUUUUGCGAGCUUUCAUUAAAUCGAAGUUUAGAAAAAAAAAAUAAACAAAAGUGGUUGAAAUAUUUAUGGGUUUAUUGUAGGCUGCGUCUUUAUACCUGCUCUCAUGUUAACUCAUUCAGAGACGGUUAUGGAGGUUUGUAUUUUUUUUGUUUUGUUUUGUACUAAUUUACUUUGUUUACCGUGCUGUAGUGCUUUAAGUCACUACGUCGAGCAAAUAAAGAGAUAAGAAAACA